GUGCUGUCUUCCAGGAUGCCUCGGAAGGGGAGACGCUCCCAGGCCCAGAAGCAGCGCUGGAGGAAGCCGGACGCGUCAGAGAUGCCCACCCCUCCUGUCGACGCACCCCACUGCUCACGCUCUCCCCAGUACAAGAAGGUUGGUUCCACCCUGCCAGCCGGACGGUUCUGGGAAGAGCGGCAGGCGCGUGCAAACUUUAUUGCACGCCGUGGCACCGGUUACCGCCACAAGGUUAAAAAAUGGCCAACUUCACCCUUUACUGGGCGCGACCACAAGUUGGUCAUUCCUCCUAAGCUACCUGGAAAGAAGUUCAUUCUUCUUGUCGGGGACUCCCAUCUACGUGCUCUUGUAGAUGGCUUUAUUCGGAUGCCAGAGUCUCGGCUGAGCUUUGGCUUCCUGUCGACUCCGGGGGCCUCUGCUGCGGAAAUUCGCACUGAGGUUCUGCAUGCUGCAGUUCCUCGUGCGCCUGAUGCAGUCUGCGUCAUGGCCCCUGGCAAUAACCUGACCAGCACCACUGUGGAGAGGGCAGGGGUGGACUUUGCCAAUCUCCUCACCACUUGUGGCAACCGCUGGUCCAAGGUUUUUGUGGUCGACUUUCCUCCCCGCCUGGUUGUUGACGUCCAACACCAGGACCUGCUUCGGCAGGAAUACCGUCGUGUGGCUGCUCGUAUGGGUGUGAAGUUCUUCAACGCUGUGGAGCACUUCCCCCUGAGCAAUUUGGUGCUGUGGAGCAAGGAUGGUGUCCAUCUGAGUGAUCGUGAGGGGAUGGGGAUCCUCGUCCAGUUGUUCUGGUCCGCUGCCAACGAGCAACUGGGGACACCACUUCCUUCGCCCCGGAUCCCUCCUCAGCCUCCAAUUCGGAAAGCUACACCCGAAUUGGUUGUGAGAGAGGGAUCCCCUGCUCCACCCAGCCCGAAACCCCGUGAGCGGAGGAAAAUUGGUCAGGGCGGCAAGACGAGCCAUCCUCGGGAACCUCCCCGGUCCAGAGGUUCACCAAAGCCCAGGAUGGCUCAACAGCAGGUGGAGGAGAGCUUUCUUCCGCUGAACCCCGUCUGGUUCAGCAGCACAGCCCUAAGUGCCAUGGAGAAAGUGUCUCCCUCCAAUAUGUCUUGCCUGGCGGACUUCAAGGCUUCUCCUAAGCCAAAGAAGGUGGCGUCCCCUGCAGUUCUGCGCAGCUGCCCGCGGAACACUACUCCUCCUUCUGCUUCUUCUCCAGUGAACAAGGAGCCUGGAACACCUCCAGCUCUGCGUUCCUGGAGAUCAGAGGAGGACGCCCCUUCAGGCUUGACCACCGCAACUCAGGCGGUGGCUGCUCGGGCAGCAGUGAGACGGCCCAGGACCCCGGACGGGCACCCCCCCCACUGCCCAACUGCAGUGCAUGAUCUGUUUGACUCACCCCCGGCCAGAUUGUCCUGCAGUUGGGGCAAGACAGAAACCCCUCUCUGUUCUCCCAUUGCAAAGAUGGCCAAGAUGAUGACCCCCUUACCGGAUGGACAGGUCUGGAGAGCUGAUGGUGCGGGCUGCAAGCCUCCUUCUCCUGAGAAGAUGACCCGAACACCGACUCCAUCACAAGCCCAGUGGCCCUGGUUUAUGACAGCUGCAUCCACAUCAGCUGAUGCACCAACAGACAAGGAUAAAACCAGGAGCGAGAGUCGCCGUGUGGAGUCAGUCCGGGCCAGUCAUUCUCAGAAUGAUAGGAGGUACAAAGUAUUUUCCCGCAACCAUCAGUGUACCUGUAUUGCAUUGACAUUUCUGGCAUACCACACUGAGGGCUGUCAGUUCACCAGGACUACACUCGAUAGAGUCCUGGCUCAGGGAGACGCGCUGUAUGUCGGAGUCAAACAGCAGUUGAUUCGCGACAAGACCUUCCGGAGCAAUCACCUGGCAGUCGAGGAGAUGCCAAAACAAGUCCUCACAGACAGACAUUUGUAUAAUGUCAACAUGUGUGAGAUCAGGUGUGGCUUUUUCAAAACUAAAGCAUCGAGCCCCGGAAGACAGCAGUGGUGGCUUCCGCUUGCCAGCCAGCUGCAGUGUCUUUCAGCAGAGGUUAGUCAGGCUUUAAUCAUCAUUGCACCCGAGGUUAUUGCUGUUUUCCGUGAUCAGUCUGGGAGGUAUGGAGUGUUUGAUUCCCACUCCAGAGACUCAAGAGGAUUACCUUCUCAUUCCGGGAAGGCGAUCGUCAUGACUUUCGCGGAACUCAGUGACCUGGCUAACCACCUCCACACACUCUUUAGAGACCGUGGAGACUCUGCAAGUUACGAGUUUGUCCCUGUAUCUUUUCAGACUGACAGCCCCAGUGCCCCACAUCCUCAACAAUCCCCGGAAACUGAGGUUCAACAUGAAGUGUCUGAACCUGCUCUCCUCGCAUUGCAGGCAGACAGUGGGACGGCUGUCAAAAUUGAGGAGGACGUUAAAGGUUCCUCAGCUGUCCCACAAGCAAUAAAGCUCUCUAAAUUGGACAAAGAUCGGAGGCGAAAAGCCAAGAGGAGAGCAUGUGACAAAAAGGAACAAGUGCAAGAAAAAAUUGGGAAAAAAACUUGUGAGAGAAUCCGGUAUUCCAGCUGUGCCGAAUUCCGCAGAAAAAAAAUUCAGGCACAGAGUAAGUGUGUGCAAAAGAACCAUGAACAACGGCUCUUGUCCUCUAAAAAAUACUAUGCCAAGUUCAAUGUCAAAAUGCGAGACAGAGUUAAAAACAAAUACAUGACAGAUUCUGCUUUUCGGAGCAGGAAAAUAAAUUAUGUCGUCAAGAGGUACAGCAUGGAUCCAGCCAUUCCGAACAGGCAGAAAGAAUAUCUUGUCAAGAGGUACAGCACGGAUCCAGCCUUUCGAAACAGGCAAAAAAAAUAUGUUGUCAAGAGGUACAGCAUGGAUCCAGCCUUUCGGAACAGGCAGAAAACGUAUGUUGUCCACAGGUACAGGAAGGAUCCAGAGUUCAGGCUACAGCAUAUUCAACGCUGUAGUCUGCUCAGAAGACGCAGGUUGGCUGCCAAUCCUGACAUGCGUCAGAAGUUGUGGAGAGCACUGAGCAUCAGGCGGAAAUACCGACAGCUCGGAACCUCUCGCCAGCCAGUGCUAACUUCAGUGAUGGCAGCGGCAAUAACAGCAUUCCGUGAGACCAUCAGCCACGGACCAACAUACAUCUGCACCGUCUGCCACAGGACUAUGUUUCCAAAUCAAGUCAAGUCAUGCAAGAGAGUUAAAUACUCCACCAACAUCGACGUGGCACAGGCUUGCUUGACUGGAACAUAUGUGCAUGUCUGUGACGCUGAGUGCUCCUCCCCUUGCUCAAUGCCACCAGAGAGACUGCAGGAGUGGAUCUGCCACAACUGUGACAGCCACCUCAGCCGUGGGAGGAUGCCAACACAUGCAGUAGCGAACAAUUUAGAGUUGGCAGCCAUUCCCCCGGAGUUGGCCGAACUCAAUGUGCUGGAGAGACAGCUCAUCGCAAAAAUCCUCCCGUUUGCGAAGAUCAUCGCCUUACCGAAAGGACAGCAGCGAGCAGUCCAUGGAGCUGUUGUGUGCGUUCCAUCGGAAGUGGAAAGCGUUGUCAACAGUCUUCCACGUCCCCUCCCAGAAGCACAGCUACUGCAGGUGAAAUUAAAGCGUCACAUUCGAUUCAAAGGUUACCAGCACUUUUACACUGUCAACAUGAAGAAUGUGCUGGUAGCCCUGGAAAAACUCAGAGAGCAGCACUCUGAGUAUUCUGAUGUGACCAUUGACCAAGAGGCCACGUUCCAUAACCUCCUCCACGACUCGGACAACGAAUGCACGGAUGAUGUGCAGUGGGGAGAAGACGGCAUGCUCGACGAGGAGCUGCUGGAGGCGGCUGAAAGCUACACUGAGCCAGACUUGGCCGAUUUUGUGUCAGCCGCAGGAACGAGUCGGCAACCCGAUUGGCCAGAAGACGACCAAAGACGUAAUACUGACAUGCCAUCACCAAGCACUGAGCUGGAAAACCUGUCCAAUGAUGUCACGAGAGAAACCCUCUUGGAGGAGUCUGCUGACGACAUAGACUCUCAGCACGACGGCAUGGAUGCUGCCCAGUGGGGAGAAGACAUCUUGGACCAAGAGCUGCUACAAGUAUCUGACAGCUACCAGAACAAUUUAGCUGCAGAUGCACCCACCGAACAGCAGGAGGAGCUAAGACCUGGACUUGCUCUGGACACCUGCAUGCAGCCACCAGACAUUGCGCAGGAAAUCCUUUCCUAUGGAGAUGGCAUUUUCAGUGUUGCCCCCGCCCAAGGCAACAAACCUGUGGGAUUUUUUGCAAUCCCCAAACUGGAAGCCAUGGCGUUCCCUGUGCAGUUUCCCACGGGAGAGAACACGCUGGAUGAAGACCGUCCCAUCAAGCUUUCACCCAGCAGAUACUUUAACGCCAGGCUUUUCGGGGCAGACACGCGGUUUGCCGAGGACCAAACUUACCUUUUCUUUGCGCAGUUUGUAACGGAGACGAACCUCGCAAGAGGAAGUAUGUCGAUACAAAUGCGCAAAGGAAAGAUGCGCACAAAAGACGGGCGUGCCAUCAAAAACUCCAUGCUCCAGGACAAAGAGGAGGUGGAGAGAUUAAUUCAGGCCAAAGAGGCCAUGCGAUUUAUGCAGCCUCUGAGAGGCACGCCCGCAUAUUGGAAUAAAAGCCUGAGAGAUUUGCAUGCUAUGCUCAGGCAACUCGGCAAACCGACGUUCUUUUUGACUUUUUCGGCAGCUGAGAUGAGAUGGCCUGAAAUAAUUGGGGUCAUCAAAUCUCAGCAAGGACAAACACUUGGUGACUUUUCCGAACUGGACUGGAAAGCCAAGUGUGACAUUUUGCGCAGUAACCCUGUCACCGUAAUGCGCAUGUUUGAAAAACGCGUGGAUGCCCUUAUGGCAAAGUUGAUCCUCUCACCAGCGCAGCCGAUCGGCGAGGUGGAGGAUUAUUUUUACCGCGUUGAAUUUCAGGCCCGCGGAAGCCCACACAUUCACAUGCUAGUGUGGGUCAAAGACGCCCCUGUGUACGGCGAGGACUUGGACCACACCGUAUGCAGGUUCAUUGACCGCCACAUUUCCUGCCAGAUGCCUGACCCCGAGAAGGACCCGGAGCUCCACAAAAUCGUCUCGGAGGUUCAGGUACACAGCAGGAGCCACACCGGCUCUUGCCGAAAGGGAAACGUGGUGUGUCGUUAUGGCUUCCCCAAGCUGCCGUUUGAUAUCACCUGGAUCACGGAGCCCUUUGCUGCCGAUGUGGAAAUGGAAGAUGGUCAAGAACAGGAAGAGGUGAUGAAGGGACGGAGGGAGCAGAUCCGUCGGCAGCAAAGGGAAGCAAAGGAAAAGCUUCGGCACCUGAGAGAGCUCCUCAUGGAUCCGAAGGCCUCCUUUGAGAGCUUGUCAGAUCUCCUCCGUCGAUGCGACUUGGAACACGACGCCUAUCUGAAGUGCGCCGAAAAUCUGACAAGCGGGAGCGUGGUCAUGCUGAAGCGGCAGCCGAACGAAUGUUGGGUUAACGCCUAUAACCCAGACCUUCUCCGCGCUUGGAACGCAAACAUGGACAUCCAGUACGUCCUGGACGAGUACUGCUGUGCCAUGUACAUGAUGUCAUACAUCACCAAGCCGGAGCAUGAGAUGACCGAGAUCCUGAACUCGGUCGUGAAGACCAGCAGAGAGUCUGCUUUCAACCAAAGUGAGGAAAUGAGAAAGAUCAUGCAGGCCUAUGCGAAGCACCGAGAGGUCAGCGCCCAGGAGGCAGUGGCUCGCACGUGCAGCUUGCCCCUGAAAAAGUGCUCGCGGUCUGUGAUUUUCCUCUCCACAGACGAGGAAGCCAUGAAGAUGAGUCUUCCUAUGAGUCGCCUGAAGGACAUGGCACCUGACUCUGAAGAGGUCUGGAUGUUGGGGGUACCUGACAAGUACCUGUUCAGACCAAAGACUCCCGAGUUUCAGGGGAUGUGCCUGGCUGAGUUUGCAUCAGACUACCGGGUAGUCUACGGCGAACAAGCACAGGGCCCCAGUGCCAUUGCCCUUUUGUGUGACAAAGGACAUAUUGCCAAGAGGACAGCCGGAAAACCAGCAGUCGUUCGAUAUGCGCGCUUCUCUGAGACCAAGGCGCCAGAGAAACAUUUCAGACGACUGCUAAAGCUGUACCUCCCCCACCGAUCUGAUGAUGAACUCAACGACGGGGGUCGCACCUCGUACGAAGAGUUCUACAAAUCGCGACGCGACGUCAAGGACAUCGUGGACCACAACAGGAAGCGAUUCGAGGGACGAGGCGCAGGCAUGGAAAAGGCACUCCAGAACGUCCAGUUCGGUCCGGUCCUCAACGCUUGGAACACGUUCGCACCCGAGGUUGAGGCGGAACGGCAGGAGUGUCUUGAGCUCCGUGAAAAGAUCCCAGAGGAGCAGGACGAAGACGCCGUGCCCGACUUUGAAGACCUGAAUGUCGGUGAACCCGUCCCCCGAAUCGAGGCGCCUCGGUUAAGUCCAGACUUUGUCCGCAAGAUGUUUCAGAGUCUGAACGAGACCCAGGCGUGCGUCUUCUACGCUGUGCGCCAGUGGUGCCUUCGGCGUGUGUGGGGCCAAGAUCCAGAACCGUUCCACUACUUUGUCUCUGGUGGAGCUGGUUGCGGUAAGUCCCACGUCAUCAAGUGCAUUCAUGAGGAAGCAACGAGGAUUCUGCGGCAGCUCCCGAGAUUCCGGGACGCAGCUGACAUGUCCCAGCCCACUGUCCUUCUGACUGCCUUCACGGGCACAGCAGCCUUUAACAUCGCGGGCAAAACGUUGCACUCUGUCCUUAAGCUUCCCAGGUCCCUGGAACCGCCGUACCAGGGCCUGGGCAAUGCACUUGAUGAACUUCGAGCAACUUUGUCUUCGGUGGAAAUUCUCAUCAUCGAUGAGAUUUCCAUGGUUUCCAAGAAGCUGUUUGCCUACGUCAACUGGCGAUUCCAGCAGCUCAAAGGAAACCGAAAACCUUUUGGCGGCAUUUCCGUUCUUGCAGUCGGUGACUUUUACCAGCUGCCGCCGCUGGGCAGAGCCAAGCCGCUCUGUGUCUACGAGGAGACAGAGUUCGAUCUCUGGAGAGAGCGCUUCACCAUGGUCAACCUCACGGAGAUCAUGCGCCAGAAGGAUGACCGAGCGUUCGCCGAACUCCUCAAUCGACUGCGUGUCAAGCGCAAGCAAGAUCCUCUGUGCGCUGCGGACAGAGGCUUGCUCAUGAGAGCCGUCUCUGACGGCAAAGAUUGCCCGCCAGGAACGCUACACGUCUUUGCCACCAACAAGCAGGUAGAUGGUCACAACGCAGCCACCGUGGCCUCCCUGCUUAAAGGGGACGUCAAAAUAGCGGCAGAGGACUACAGGAAGGAUGUCGCUACCGGCAGGAAGGUGCCUGUGCCCAACAUCAAAGGCACCAAGAGAGAUUUGCCUGACAGCAUAAUGGCCGCUGAAGGAGCAAGAGUUAUGCUGAUCAGGAAUCUCAACGUGGAGGAUGGCCUUGUCAAUGGAACCUUUGGGACCAUCUCCACCAUUCUGCCUGACAGACGUGACCCCAAAGUCGUGAGGUUCCUUGGACUUAAGCUGGACAAUUCCACAGCAGGACAGACUCUCCGCAAGAAGCUUCUGGGCCCCUCGGACGACUUGGUCUACGUCGAGAGAUCCGAGGAGAGCAUCGGUCGCAAGGGCGGAGUCGUGAGACGUCAGUUCCCCGUCAAGCUGGCCUUUGCGUGUACAGCCCACAAAGUUCAGGGAAUGACGGUGACGUCGGCUGUCGUGAGCCUGAAACGCAUGUUUCAGCCGGGCAUGGCAUAUGUGGCGCUUAGUCGCACCACUUCUCUUCAAGGUCUCACCAUCACCGACUUUGAUGAGACAAAGAUCUAUGCUGACCCUGCCAUUACGACAGCUUUGGAAGACAUGCGCAGCGCGAGUUUCCAGAGUGUUACUCCGCUGUUGCACCGCUUGGACUGGACGGAGCGACCAGAUGCAGAGGUGACAAUCGUACAUCAUAACACCCAAGGGCUUCCAUCUCACAUGGUGGACCUGAAGUUGCAUCAUGAACUCAGGUUGGCAGAUGUGCUUUGUCUCACCGAGACACAUCUGUCAGGGUCCUCUGUAUCCUCAUGCUUUGAUCUGGAAGGAUACACUGUGUUUCACCGCAGCAGACAGGCGUCUUACACCACGUGCAGGGACAUGGCGUCAAAGGCCGGGGGUGGAGUUGCCAUGUACUGCAGGACCGCUCUGAUGGCGGAGGCGCCGAGCUGCAUGGUACGUGUCACAGAUCUGGAAUGUCUGGUCAUGAAGGUUGAGGUCCCAGUCAAAGUGCUAAUAGCAACUGUGUAUAGACCCCCAGAUUUUGGUUUGCAAAAGUUUCUGCCAAACCUGAACGCUCUCUUGGACACAUUGGAACUGAUGGAUCACCAGCCCAUUGUUGUUUGUGGUGACUUCAAUGAAGACCUCCUUUCCAGAGGCAAAAAAAGCAUAAGAGAUGCACUUCUGUCCAGGGGCUACAACCAAUUGAUCACAGAGUCUACCACAGACAAGAACACUGUGAUUGAUCACAUUUACAUUUCCCAACCUGAGAAAUGUGUUCAGUCAGGUGUUCUCCAAACAUAUUAUAGCUAUCACAGCCCGGUCUAUUGCAUUUUGACUGGCUAAAGCCUCACCAGCCAACACUGAUUUGAUGAUGGCCGUACUUUCAUCCCAUCUCCUUACAUUUUCAACAUAAAUUUUUCUUGGUUCAAUGUCUUGGCUGGAAAUCUAUUCUGUUCAGUCCCAUUUUACAGUUGUGUCACACAUUUUUCAUGUGACUCAGUGUUGUGGCACAUUGUGCUACUGUUGUUUGUUCUUGGUAUGUUUUGUUCUGUUCUUUGAGUUC